UUCAUCGCCUUCCUGUACGUAUGUAUGCAUGUAGUGUUCUCCUCCGCUUGGAGAAGGAGAGUAGGCGGGGGGCCGGUGCUGGAGCUGUGCUCCCUCAGAAAGAUGCUGGUCCGGUGUGGCCUGAGGGCAUGGAGGGAUGGCUGGGAGAGAACCAGACAUUUACUCCCCGCUCUAUUGUGGCGUACCAGCCCACCGGAGAUAACAGCCACAGCUUUGAGGCCAUGGCCUUGUUGAAAUCCUUCGGCAUCUUUCUGGGCGUCUUCAGCGGAUCCUUCGCUCUCGGGGUGGCCACCGGAGUCAUGACUGCUUUCGUGACAAAGUUCACGAAGCUGAGGGACUUCCCUUUGCUGGAGACGGCUCUCUUCUUCCUCAUGUCCUGGAGCACCUUCCUGCUGGCUGAAGCCUGCGGGUUCACAGGUGUGGUGGCUGUGCUGUUCUGUGGAAUCACUCAGGCUCACUACACAUUCAACAAUCUCUCCCCUGAAUCUCAGGACAGGAGCAAACAGUUGUUUGAGCUGCUGAACUUCCUGGCGGAGAACUUCAUCUUCUCCUACAUGGGUCUGACUCUCUUCUCCUUCCAGUCCCACGUCUUUAACCCUUUGUUCAUCAUUGGAGCCUUUCUGGCUGUGUUUGUGGGCAGAGCAGCAAACAUCUACCCUUUGUCCUUCAUGCUCAACCUGGGGCGCAAGAACAAGAUUGGAACAAAAUUCCAGCACGUCAUGAUGUUUGCAGGUCUACGCGGGGCGAUGACCUUCGCUCUCUCCAUCCGAGACACCGCGACCUACGCCCGUCAGAUGAUGUUCUCGACCACCCUCCUGAUCGUCUUCUUCACUGUGUGGAUCUGUGGAGGCGGCACCAUGCCCAUGCUGUCCUUCAUGAGCAUACCGGUGGGCGUGGAUUCUGAUCAAGACAACUUUAGUUCAGCCAUGUUGGACGGCACACAGAGGAGGAACACCAAACAUGAGAGCGCUUGGCCUUUCAGGAUCUGGUAUAACUUUGACAGAAACUACCUUAAGCCCCUCCUGACCCACAGCGGCCCCCCUCUCACUGCCACCAUGCCGGCUUGUUGUGGACCUCUGGCCCGAUGCCUCACCAGCCCACAGGCCUACGAGAACGAAGGUCAGCUCCACAACGACGACGACUCCGACUUCAUCCUGAACGACGCCAACGUGAGCUCCAUGUUCGCGGACGUCACCGUCACCACAGACGCCUCCGGCUCCCGCACCAUCAACCGCAAGCGCUCCUCCACCGCGAGCACCGGGGGCGGCCCGUCCGACGAAGGUCUGGAUCACGAGCUCUCCCUGGCGGAGCACGAAGUGGCGAUCAGGGGCACACGUCUGGUCCUGCCCAUGGACGAUCCGGUGGAGCCCCCUACCACCGUCACUCUGCCGCCACCGCCAUCCCCUCCACGCUCGGACCCUCGCCGACACAGACUCUAAGAACGCUCGUACUGUCAGGAGAGAGUUAGACGGUGUGUUUUGGAGUUUUUAUCGAAACUGCUCGAUACGUAAAAUCCUGUUGUUUGUAAAACCUGAGGCGCGCUUGAUUUAACUCUCACUUCAGGAGGUAACGAUAAAACUGAAUGUGACUGCACUCCAUGGACGGUAGGUACGACAAAUCAAGCACACCUCUUGUUUUUUUAAAGGUUACUUAGAACCAAGCGAGAUGCACGUUUAGCCACUUCUUCUGGAUGCUUCAAAAUGUGGCUGGUGUUUCCUCUUCAGUUUGUACUACUGUGGCGACUCACCAGUGCUGUAAUAUACACUCUCUCUCAAAGCCCCGGCUUCUUUGGGGCUGUCAGGGUUCAAACCUCUGACCUUAACAUGGUUUACUCUUCUCUCUGUGUAGUGAACUAGCUCCUGAUGUGAAGGCCAGUAUAUGUCCAGCUUGCUUUGACCUUCAGUGACUAACAUUCACUUCGCUCUGUAACAUUUAUUCUUGUUUGAGAGCGGUUCACACUACAGUUACGUAACUAAUCGUAUUUGUCCACAUAUUUGUGGAGAGGGGUUUGUUGUGAUUGGCCGGUUGCUUUGUUGGUGAUUGUGAGAACGAGACACGGCCGGGGAAAUAGUGAAGCAGUGAAAGGAGGGCUGAAUUAGAACAAAAAUUGUAAGUAGGUUCUUUAAGGCACAAAAAACAACAAACACUGCUUCCAACAUCAGAGUCCAGGAGCGCCUCUGAGGAGUGUAAACACUGCCUGCCUCUUCUCGAUCAGUCUGUUCUCUUUAUUUAUGCGACAAAGUGAUUAUUUAUGUGAUUUAUUUUGUUUAUUUAUAAUUUAUUUAUUGUGUUGUUGUGUGGCAUUAAUGAUAACUGCCCUCGGUGGUGACAGGCUGUCGUUGCACUACAUUUCUUCUCUAACAAGGUACUUUUUUUUGAAGGAAGUCAGGAGGAGGUGGAUAUCCUCUCUCUCUCUUUUAAACAUGUGUGCAUGUUGAAGUCCCUCCUUCCUGCACCGUAGCGACCCUCUUACUUUUUAUCUUUAAAACCUGGGUGUGUCUGAUGUCAGAUUGAAACCUGGUUCUUAGGGCUAAUGUUUGUUUGUUUGUUUGUUGUCAUUUAGUUUAAUCUUCCUUUAAAAAAAAACAAGCUGACAGCCGAGUCUUUGUGGUGUUAAACCCUCAAAGACGACUGAGGGCUGGCUGAACUGUUUGAAAUAAAGUGCCUAUUCAGAAAUUCAAUUACUUAAUGUAGAUUUGUACAUAUUUUGAUUUGCUAAUGUGCAGUAUGAUGAUCUUACUUGAUUUUUAUAUGACACUCAAAUAUUUGACUGCAGUUGGAUUCUGUAUUUUGGUGUAAUUUGGCCGUGAGGGGACUGCCUGUAGUGAAAGCAAGUUUGUUUGAAAUCCCAAAAGAGUGCAAACUAAAAUAUUGUGCUUGAAUUUAAGGGGGGAAAAAAACACAGACUACUUAUUUUCUGGUAGAUAUAAAAACUUUGUGAAUAUGAAAAUUGUUUGUUUGAUCAAAAGUAUUUGUGGCAUUUUAAAAUAAUACAGUUGGGGAAUGAAUUCGGGGUAUCUUUUUUAAAGCUUUUUAUUUGCCAGUGAGAUCAAGGGAGAGAUACUUUUACAACACUUUUUACUGAUGCACUGUUCAGUCUAUUGUUCUUUCUUAUUUGAUCAAGCUCGCCUGCUUUGCUCCCGCCUCAGUGAGGGAUCAUUUACUCUGAGGUUCAUCCUUUCCUUGUCUUUUUAUUCUUCUGAAAAGGUCUGAUUUUUACUGAAGCGUAUUGCGUUCACAUGAGUUAAAAAUUCUGCUCUGUUUUUCUGAAUUAACAAGUUAAUUAUCUCAGAAUUAUGAGACAUUUUUUUGUAAAUAAAAAAAAUUCUGCUCUGUUGUAAA